AUGCCUUGUUUACCAUAUCUUCUACCAGUCAACGGAGCUUGGAAACAAGAUGUGACCAAUUGGAUUCAAGAGGAUAUUCCAAGUUUUGAUUAUGGAGGCUUUGUCGUAGGGUCGGACAUAAAAUCAGCUACUCUUUGGAUGAAAGAAGACGGAGUGCUUAGCGGUGUACCAUUUGCCCAAGAAGUUUUCGACCAAUGCAAAUUAACUGUUGGCUGGCAUUAUAAAGAGGGUGAUUUCGUAACUCGUGAAGAGGGUGAAUCAAAAGUAAUGGUGGCAGAAAUAAGCGGCGAAGCACGUAACAUACUGGUGGCCGAAAGGACAGCAUUGAAUUUGCUUAGCAGGAGUUCGGGAAUUGCCACAGCCUCCAGAAAACUGGUGGAAGCUGCCAGGGAAACUGGGUACAAAGGAAUAAUUGCAGGAACGCGUAAAACAACCCCAGGGCUCCGCAGACUAGAGAAAUACUCUAUGCUUGUUGGUGGCUGUGAUAUGCACAGAUAUGACCUGUCCUCAAUGGUGAUGCUCAAAGACAAUCAUAUAUGGUCUACGGGCUCCAUAACGUAUGCGGUGAAAGAGGCUCGUUCCGUUUGUGGUUUCUCGAUGAAGAUUGAAGUUGAAUGCCAAUCUGAGAAAGAAGCCGAUGAAGCUAUAGCUGCUGGUGCAGAUGUGAUCAUGCUUGACAAUUUUACAGGCAGCGAGUUGCAGAUUGCUGCUAUGAGCAUCAAGGAAAGGUGGCAGGGCAAAAAACAGUUUUUACUAGAAUGUAGCGGUGGUUUGAAGCUCAGCAACAUUCACGGAUAUCUCUGCGAUUACAUUGACAUCUACAGCACCAGCAGCAUUCACCAAGGUACGGAUGUUGUGGACUUUUCGCUGAAGAUUGACGCACCUUCUGGAUCAGGGCCCGAUAAUUGA